GCCGCUGCUCAAGUUGCCCGUGCUGGUGCAAGAAACUAUGCCACUUUGAGAGAAAUCGAGAUGCGUCUUAAGUCGAUUAAGAACAUCGAGAAGAUCACUAAGACCAUGAAGAUUGUUGCUUCCACCAGAUUGAAUAAGGCCCAGAGAGCCAUGCAGGCCUCCAGAGUGUUCAACGAGUCGGACACGGAGUUCUUCAAAAAUGCCGAGCCUGAAGAGAACCAUUCCGACAAGACUUUGUUGAUUGUUGUUUCCUCCGACAAGGGUUUGUGUGGCUCUAUCCACACGCAAAUCUCCAAGUCUGCUAGAAAGAGAAUCGGGGAGUUGAACGGCAACGUCGACGUCAUCACCAUUGGCGAGAAGGCCAAGGUGCAAUUGAACAGAACACACGCUGACAAGUUGAAGAUGGCUUUCAGCGGUGUCGGUAAGGCCGAGCCAACUUUCCACGAGGUCUCCUUGAUUGCCGAUGAGAUCGCCACCUUGGGCAAGUACGAGAACACUGAGAUCUUGUACAACAAGUUUGUUUCUGGUGUCUCUUUCGAGCCAUCCAAGUUCUCUGUUUUCGCUGCUGAAGCCAUUGAGAAGGCUCCAGGUUUGAGCAAGUACGAGUUGGAGAACGAGGAGACCCCUGAGACGGUGGCUGAGUUCUCUUUGGCCAACUCUCUCUUGACCGCUCAAGCUGAAGGCUACGCUUCUGAGGUGUCUGCCAGAAGAAACGCUAUGGACAAUGCUUCCAAGAAUGCUGGUGACAUGAUCACUGCCAACUCCAUUUUGUACAACAGAACCAGACAAGCCGUCAUUACCAACGAGUUGGUCGAUAUCAUCACUGGUGCUGCUUCUUUGGACUAAGCUUACUGAAUUCAUUAUCCGUAUAUUCCAUCUCACUACCGAAAUUGAGGACUCUGUCUUCGGUUUGGAUUACCAACAUAUCAAAAACAAUAAAAAGAGCUCAAAUAACCCGUUUAUUUCCAUUAUUGUUGCAUAUUAGAUAUACGUAUUAUAGAAGCGUCUCAGUCUCUUUUCACCGCGCCAUAGAUUUUUCGGAUGAAAAACAAAGCAGUCGUGACUCCAACGGCGCCACAGCUCACCCCAACAGCAGCCGACACAAGCGCCAUGUAGGAAAAAUAAAUUAUGAUGCUGACUAGGUCACUCAUCUGCAAGUUGUAAAUGAAGUAGUAUAUCGAAUAUCCGAAGAUAUACCAUCCGAUACUCGAACUUACUCGGAAGCAUAGCCACUGCCAUUUGGGGUUAUUGUAGACAGUCAAGGAGAUGUAAGUUGCAACAAUCGCAGAUUCCGCAACAACCAC